CUGCCCGCGUCUUGUACACCGAAUCCCGAGCGCCUCUGGCACGGACUUGCUGCUAACAUUGCAACCAAUACCUCCUACCCUCGGAGCGUGCAAGGCUAGAUCUGACUCCUGUUCUUUGCUUAUAAUUGGCCGGUCCGUCGCUGGACAAUAACUUAACACACACCCAUGAUCUCCCGGUUCAGCAAGGCAUUCCUCGCCAUCGUACUUGGCCUCUUUCUCAUCACCUCCCUCACUUUCCUCCACGCGCCCUCGCGAGCCUACCUAGACCCAUGGACGGGUGACCUCUUCGGCGAGGGCGGCGUCGAGAAGAGCCUGCAUAACGCCGCUCCGGGCCCGGCGCUGGCUGCAGUGCAGGGAGACGUGAUCAUGUCGAAGUUGGGGAAUGCCACCGCAAAGGCGGCGCUGGGCCAGGCGACGUGGAAACUGCUACACACCAUGACCCUCCGCUUUCCAGAGGAACCUACGCCCGACGAACGCGAAGCUCUCGAGUCGUACUUCUAUCUGCUAUCCCGCCUGUAUCCGUGCGGCGAAUGUGCGGCCGAGUUCCAACAAUUACUGAAGAAGUUCCCUCCCCAGACUUCAUCAAGACGGUCGGCAGCGCUCUGGCUCUGCCAUGUACAUAACCAGGUGAACGAACGCUUGGGAAAGCCGGAGUUCGACUGCGCGCAUCUUGACGAGACGUACGAUUGUGGUUGUGGCGACGAACCCGUCGGUGGUCCUACGACUGCUCGCGACACCACGGAUGCGGCACACGACGAUCUGACGGGCGUCGACCUAAUCAAGGGCGGGUGACCACGGGGUCGUGAUCUUCCUUCAUCGUUACAAUGCAGGGUAAUCGUUCUCGUGGUGCGGAUGGGUAAUGACGGUGUAACAGUAUGAACACUAGGUAUGCAGUCAUGUAGAUUGUAUCGCAGCAAGCCAUCGGAGCGUGCCGAGCCCUUUAAUGCUUCCGGUAACUGGAUAUCGCCGAGAGAGACCAUUUUGGCAUAGCACGGCGUUUCGACACAUCGCGGCGGAGACUUCUAUUUCGAACA